GACCAGGUCAUUUCAACGUCUGCAUAAACACAUUCGGUUCUUGAUUUCUGUCGAUUCUCCUUGACCCCAUUGCACCACUCCAUUAUCACCAGCCUUGCAUCGAUUUUUAUUUCGUUCCAUCUUUUGCGUAAGGAUAUCUCGAAGAACGGCCAUCAUGGCAGCCGCCACAAUUGGAAAGAGGACGCGAAGCUCGCUAGCCGCCAAGGACUUUGAGCCCUUGCCGCCUAUGAAGCGAUCGAAGCGCAUCAGCCGCGCUGCGAUGAUCAAUGACGAGAAUCUGGACCCGAUCAGAGAAGACACGGCCGAGCCUGAAGCCACAAGCGCCGAGACAAGCUGCUCGGAAAUCACAGAAGAUGCCUCUUGCACCACGACACGGGCAACUACGCCAUACACUCCCGUCACCCCCAGCGCCUCUCGUUUUAAGGAUGUUCUUGUCAAGGUGCCCGUCACCCCGCGCCACCGGGUCAUGUCAGCUGGCCGGAUCUCGAAAAGACAGACCCCUCAAACGCCAUCGACUCCCUCGGGCAUCCAGACAGUAUACUCCCAAGCUCGCCUGCUCUUCUCCCGAAGUUCAGACCCCGGCCAGAUGAUUGGGCGUGACGAGGAGCGGGAGCAGCUGCAAACGUUCCUCAAGCGGUGCGCGGGGCCAAGCCCAAGUGGCUGCAUCUACGUCAGCGGGCCUCCAGGAACGGGAAAGAGCGCAAUGGUCAACGAGAUGACCAGUGCAGCUACUGCUGCGACCCACGCCAAGAAAAUUUACAUCAACUGCAUGAGCAUUAAGUCGUCGAAGGACCUGUAUGAGACGUUGUUGGAACAGAUCGCAGCCGAUGGUGACGUGGAGGCCGCCGACUCGGAUGCCGCGACAGCACUGCAGAAGCUCAUCAUGCCGCGCAAGAAGUCGACUGAUGUAUUCCUUGUCAUUCUGGACGAGAUUGACCACAUCCUCACCCUCGAUCUCGAAAGCCUCUACCGACUUUUUGAAUGGUCCAUGCAAAAGGCCUCUCGUCUCACACUUGUCGGCAUCGCCAAUGCCUUGGAUCUUACGGACCGCUUCCUUCCUCGCCUCAAGUCGAGGAACCUUAAGCCUGAGCUAUUGCCAUUCUUGCCAUACACAGCGCCACAAAUCAAGAACAUCAUCACGAAGCGUCUCGCCAGCCUCGUCCCGCAAGGAAGCCCCUUGCCAUUCAUUCAUCCAGCCGCUGUCGAGCUCUGCUCUCGCAAAGUUUCCAGCCAGACCGGAGAUCUGCGCAAGGCCUUCGAGAUCUGCCGACGUGCCAUUGACUUGAUUGAGGCAGAGACCAAACAGAAGCACGAAGCCGAGGCCAGAGAGAAGAUGCUGCUCGCCACACCGACACGAAAGGUCCUGGGCGAGAACCCAAAUGCUUCAUCACCUUCAAAGCGAGAGUCCACACAAAGCAUCCCUGCCUUGAUGACAGCAUCUCUCAAGAGCCUAACGAUUGAAACCGCCCCGCGUGUCAGCAUCGCGCACCUCAACAAGAUCACAGCUGCAGCAUUCAGCAAUGGCACCAGUCAAAGACUCAAGAACCUCAACCUGCAGCAAAAGGCUGCGCUGUGUUCGCUCGUUGCGCUCGAGAAGCGCAACAGGUCAGCGCUUUCCAGCAGCGUUGCAAACACCCCUUCGAAGGGCCAGAGUGCGGCCCCUAGCAUUAAAACUUUGUAUGAUACUUAUUGUCUGCUCUGCAGACAGGACUCUGUACUUCACCCGUUGUCCAGCUCAGAGUUCCGUGAGGUAAUGGGUAGCCUAGAGACACUAUCAUUGGUAGCGGCUGUCGAUGGCAAGACAGGAUCUCUUGCUCUGCAGCAGACGCCGAGCAAGAGAGGAAGAAAGAGCUUUGCGGCCAGUGUUGGGCUGGCUGAUGACAAAAAGGUCGCCAGCUGCGUAGGAGAUGCGGAUAUGGAGCAAGCUGUGGACGGACUUGGGUCGGAUAUACUGCGGAGCAUUCUGAGCGGCGAAGCUUUGGAGUAGAUUUGGGGUUACUGAUGGUGCAUCUUUGUUGCUUGUUGUUAGCAUAGCCUGGCGUACGGUGGAUAUCCAUGGGACGGUGUUCAAGAAGUUCUUGUUUGAUUAAAUUGUUUAUCUGGACGCACGACGCCAUCAGAGCCACUAUAUUAUGACAAAGCCUCAUCACAACCAUGAAG